AGAGCCGCCAGAUCAUCAUCAAGGCCCCUCUUCCUCUUCAUCUUCAAAUCUCAAUUUAUCCGCCUCUCGCCAUCAGGUCGUGCAGUUCUCGAAGUCUGCAACGCCUGAUCCUUACCAGCUACACAAGCCGCGUCAGCCCGAGGAUAAGACGAUACGCACUAUUCGUCAGACAUUGGCCGGAAAGAAAGGGAAAAAUCCGAAGCAUACUAUGGACCUGAAGUGCUCUGUCACGAAGAGCACUGAGGAGAUGGGACUACCCCGGGUUGCAAUGGGGGUCAUCCCGGAGGAGCAAGACCUGCGCGUCUGCCGAUCUAUCAUCCUCAAACGUUACCAACACUUGGAGGCCAUCGGGUCCGCGGAGAGUUUUCACACAGUGUUUGUGCAUGUCGUUCGUGCUCAUCACUGGGUGUACGAGACGUCGAAGAUACUUCACGGCGAUAUCAGCAUCAACAAUGUCAUGUGGUUCAUCAAGUACGGGCAAGUCAUCGGCGUGCUUUGCGACUGGGACCUCGCGGAAGAUCAUAGCAACGGCGACGUUCGGUCUAUUCUACCCGCAGAAGCGGUGGGCGCUUCGUUGCCACCAGGAACGAGCACGGGCGAGAAGAUGGCCAAGCCGUCGAACGAACAGCAGAGUCAAACCAACGCGGAGCAAGUUCCGGGGCCGACGACUGUGCCAUCGGAGGGCGACUAUAUGCAAAAACCGAGAUACCGCACUGGGACUGGCCCGUUCAUGGCGCUGGACCUUCUGCGCAAAGGAAACCCCCCAGUGCACAAGUAUCGCCACGACCUCGAAUCGUUCUUAUACGUCUACGUUUACACCGCCGCCGGGUACGAUCCGACAAAUAAAAUAUUCCGACCGAUCAAGCAAUGGCAGCUCGACUCGCUCGUCGCCAUCGGCCAGGCGAAAUUCUGGUUUCUGGCAGAUGAUGAGGAGAACGCGGCCGUCUUUUCCUCCGCGCACGAAGAGUUCAAGCCAUUGUUGAAGCCGGGGACUUUCCUGAUGCGGCUCGUGUCCCUCUUCAGAGCCCUUGAGCGCAAGAUGGACAAGAUCAAGGAUGUCAAGAGCAAUGCGAGGUACCUCGGUUCCGCAGAAGAUGUCGAGGCCAAGAUUUGUAAGGCUGAGAGGAAGAGGGACGAGAUGGUUACAUACAGUAAGUUCAUGAGCAUACUCGGAGCGUCAGAGGAUAUAUAGACUCGAUUGUCUGUCCCCUCUACGGCACUUGUAUUGGUUU